AUGAAAUAUUUCGAUAGUAGUAUUAGUAUUGGUAGUAGUAGUAGUGGUAGUAGUAGUAGUGGUGGUAGUAGUAAUAGUAGUAGUGGUAGUAGUAGUAGUAAUGGUAGUGGUAAUAGUAGUCGUAGUAGUAAUAGUAAUAGUAGUAGUAGUAAUGGUAGUAGUAAUAGUAGUAGUAGUAGUAGUAAUAGUAGUAGUAGUGGUAGUAGUAAUAGUAGUAGUAGUGGCAGUAGUAGUAAUAGUAGUAGUAGUAAUAGUAGUAGUAGGAGUAGUAAUAAUAGUCUAAUUGUACUGUAUACUUUUUAA